GGCGGGCAGGACGAGCUGUGCGGAGGGCGCGUACUCCAGGCAAGUGAGCGGCAGAGACCGAGGGCGCGUCAUUGUUGCCAAGUCCUUAGCGCGGACCAGUGCCGGUGCCAGUGGCAGCUCAGCCGCCGUCCAGAUCAAUAUAGCCGAGCGCGAGGCAGCGUAGCCAGUUGCAACGUGUAUCGCGGUGUGUCGGGUGCAGGUCGGUGCCGGUCCAAGGAGCUACGAUACGGUCGGCAUGGCCGUCGGCCGCGUUACGUUCAUCCCGCUGGACUAGCGAGGCGCGCGGAGGUGCGACGAUGGUCGACAUGAAUGCGACACUUCUUGACGGACUAUUUCGAUUGGUUUGUUGCUCGUUCCCUGAUCCAUUAGAAAUAUGAAAUAAUGAACUGGGCACAAUGGUUUGGAACAGCAGUAUCAGUCUUUGAGUUGUUAAUCUUCAGCGUAAACGUAGCCGGUUCCUCUGACAACAAUGUGCUGCACAUCGGAGGAAUUUUUCCCAUUGCUGGCGAAGGAGGGUGGCAGGGAGGGCAAGCUUGCAUGCCUGCCGCAAAUCUGGCCCUCGAAGAUGUCAACGCCAGGAAGGACCUAUUGCCAGGAUACACCCUCAAGUUGCAUAGCAACGACAGUGAAUGCGAGCCAGGUCUGGGAGCCAGCGUCAUGUACAAUCUCCUCUACAACCAACCUCAAAAGCUGAUGCUCCUCGCCGGUUGCAGCACAGUUUGUACAACGGUAGCAGAGGCAGCCAAAAUGUGGAACCUAGUUGUGCUAUGCUACGGCGCCAGUUCUCCAGCUCUCUCGGACCGCAACCGCUUUCCCACGCUGUUCAGGACCCAUCCUUCGGCCACCGUGCACAACCCGACCAGGAUAAAGCUCAUGAGGAAAUUCGGAUGGUCCAGGGUGGCCAUCCUGCAGCAGGCGGAGGAGGUGUUCAUUUCAACGGUGGAAGAUCUUGAGGCACGCUGUUCUGAGGCCGGAAUAGAGAUUGUGACGCGACAGUCUUUUAUGACAGAUCCCACGGACGCCGUAAGGAAUCUGAGACGUCAGGACGCCAGAGUCAUCGUCGGUCUGUUCUAUGUGGUCGCUGCUCGUCGAGUCUUAUGCGAGCUGUACAAACAAAACCUUUACGGCAUAUCUUACACGUGGUUCUUUAUUGGAUGGUACGAAGACGACUGGUACAUAAGAAAUCUGGAAAAGGAAGGCAUCGAAUGUACAGCCGAACAGAUGAAGGCUGCAGCCGAGGGUCAUUUGACCACGGAGGCUCUGAUGUGGAAUCAGAACUCGAACGAGCGUACAAUAUCGGGUAUGACGUCCGAGGACUUCAGGAACAGACUGAACGACGUCCUCAGGGGUGGAUACGACAUCGAUAACGGCAGAUAUCCCGAGGGAUAUCAGGAGGCACCGCUGGCCUACGACGCUGUCUGGUCGGUGGCCUUGGCCUUCAACAAGACCAUGGACAGGCUUCACAAGUACGGCAAGAGCCUGAAGGACUUCAAUUACAACAACAAGGAAAUAGCGGACGACAUCUACUCGGCGAUAAACUCGACGCAGUUUUUGGGCGUCUCCGGAUUUGUGGCGUUCAGCUCCCAAGGAGAUCGGAUAGCUUUGACGCAGAUCGAGCAGGUCAUAAAUGGAAACUACGUGGUGCUGGGAUACUACGAUACCCAGGCGGAUAAUCUGACAUGGUUCGACCGAGAGGUCUGGCGUGCUGGAAAAGUGCCUCAAGAUAGAACAAUUAUAAGAAGAGUGUUAAGAACUGUUUCCCUGCCUCUUUUUAUAUGCAUGUGUAUCAUUUCCAGCUGUGGUAUCAUCAUAGCUGUCAGUUUGAUGAUUUUCAACAUUUGGAACAGUCAUAGAAGGGUGAUCCAGUCCUCACAUCCGGUGUGCAACACCAUCAUGCUGUUCGGAAUAAUCGUCUGUAUGACGUCAGUGUUUCUUCUCGGUUUAGAUGGUAGGUUCGUGUCACCUUCGACGUACCCCUCAAUUUGCCAAGCGAAGACGUGGAUGCUGACCAUAGGCUUCACCCUGUCUUUCGGUGCAAUGUUCAGCAAGGUCUGGAGGGUGCACAGGCUCACCACGAAGGCUAAAAGUGACCCUAAGGUCAGGACGAAAAAGGUCCAGCCUUGGAAGCUGUACUCAAUGGUUAGUGGUUUACUAGUUAUAGAUUUCGUAAUAUUGAUCGCAUGGCAGAUCCACGAUCCCCUUCAAAGAAGGGUCAAAGUGUUCCUCCUUGAGAAUCCUGAAGAUUCAAUGGACGAUUCCAAGAUAAGGCCAGAACUUGAACAUUGCGAGAGUAGAAACAACAGCGUUUGGCUUGCUGUCAUCGGAGCUUACAAGGGUCUCGUACUGAUCUUCGGCCUGUUCCUCGCCUACGAGACCCGCUCCGUCAAGGUGAAGCAAAUCAACGAUUCCCGUUACGUCGGGAUGAGCAUCUACAACGUCGUUAUCCUGUGUCUGAUAACGGCGCCCGUAACCAUGGUGAUAGACAGCCAACAAGAUGCCAGCUAUGCUUUUGUCGCUCUGGCGAUAGUGUUCUGUUGUUUUCUCAGCAUGGCCCUCAUCUUCGUGCCCAAGGUGAUAGAAGUUAUAAGGCAUCCUAAAGAUAAGGCCGAGAGUAAAUACAACCCAGAUGUUGGUGUGUCGAAAGAAGACGAGGAAAAAUAUCAGAAAUUGCUUAGUGAAAAUGAAGAUUUGCAAAGACUUAUAGCACAGAAAGAGGAGAAGAUCAAGCUUCUCCGAGACCGUCUCACCGAGAAAGAAGGCAAAACCGGAAAUACCCCAGUCAUCACCCAAGGUAAGGACACUCUGAUCGUGGCAGACUUCAUCACCGAUGCCGGCACCUCAGACUCAGCCUUCGGUUGUACUUCCGUAUACACGCGCUCCUCCAGAACCAGCCAAUCGGACAUUGAGUUCAGCGACAGCUAUCUCUGAUCCAAACCACCCUGCGACCACUCCGAGACGGACGCCGCUGGACGCUCCAGGUCCGGCAGCGGGCGUCUGUUGCGAGACAUUGAAGUUAUCAGAUCCGGAUCCACGUAUCUUUGAUCGUUUGGUGUUUUUCGUGUUUUCCACCCCCAGAAACCCUGUUGGUCGUUGAAAGGAGCUAGAGGAUCUUCGUAUUGACCACUUGGUAGCGAGAAUAGAACUUGAAGAGAGAUUGAUCUUCUAAGAUCUUUGAGUGAUGAGUAUUUUGAGAUGCUCCAGAUGGUUUUGUGAAGAUUCUCUUAGUUAUGGUAUCCUUCAGUCUCUUAGUACUCUUCGUGAUGAGUGAAAGACAUCAGGAGUUAUUUUUGAUCUUUUGGAAGUUUCUUCUUU